GCUUCCAACAAGCAAGUUGGAGGAAGUAGAUCCGGCACUGGAUGAACCGCUAAUGGAGGAACAGGGAUUUCUCCAGAGGUCCACGCUUUCAACGAGCAAGUUGGAUGAAGUAGAUCCAGCUCUGGAUGAAGAGAUACCAUGCUGGAGCGACACG